AUGGCUAUGAUAAUCAAAAGCCUCGUUUUCUCCGCGCUCGUACCAUUGAUCGCCAUUGUCCGAAUAAUUGAUGCCGAUCCUCUUACAAAAAGGUUUGAGGUUAAUGUGUACAAUAAUCUUCCCAAAGACAAUUCUAAGUUAGUAACUCAUUGUCAAUCUGGGAACGAUGAUUUCGGAAAUCGUACGCUUUAUGUGAACCAAUAUCAACAAUGGGCUUUUCAUCAAGAUCUGUUUAAGAGAACUCUAUACUUCUGUCACUUGUGGUGGAAUGGGAAGCAACAAACGUUUGAUGUGUUCAGUAAGCAUUUGUCUGGAGACUGCCAAACUGGGAUUGGUGGUAAUAUUUGCAGUUGGAUAGCUAGGGCGGAUGGCAUUUAUUUUAGUCCGAACGAGGUAACUCAUGUGGGUCCCGUUGGAGUCCCACAGAAAAGAUACGACUGGCAGUAA